AUGGCUUCGACGGUGCGCUUCCUCGCCGCACUCGCCCUCCUUCUCUUCGGCCACGGCGCUGGCACGCGAGACGCCGGUGGGUGCGCGCCCUCGGAGGAGGCGGAGCAGGGCCUCUCGUGCCCGCUGGGCGAGGGGGACCUCCGGGCGGCUCUCCUUGAGGGCCUGCAGGACGAGUCCCCGGGCGUCCAGCUGCUGCAGGUGCGGGCGCGCGCCGAGCUGGGCGCGGCCGCCGUUUCGGUGGCGGCCCAGUCGGGGGCGGCGGGGAUGAGCCAGCACGCCGUGACCGAGGCAGAGUGGAACGCCACUCGGGUCUCGAUCCUGCAGCUGCAGGACGUCGCCGGCGCUCGCUUCCCGCUGCCCGCGGAGAUCGCUCCGAUGCUGCAGCUCCUGCGCGGGCUCUACGACAGCAGCAAGCAGGAGAUUGCCGCCAUCGGCGUUCGGGAGCAGAAAUCGAAGCAGUUCUUCGCGGAGAAGGGCAGCGAGCACACGAGGCGGUUGGCCGAGAUUGACGCUCAUGCCAGCCGCGUUUCUGAGGGCUUCCAUGCGAACGAGACGAAGGACGAGACUCGCAUGUGGGGCUACUGGCAGCGGGUCCGCGAGCGCGAGCACCACCAGUUUCUGACCUUUCUCAAGAUCAAGCAUGGCAUGAUGCAGAAGCUGAAGGACAUGAUCGGCGUCUACGAGACGAUCGUCUCUGGCAACGCGACCGAUGCCGAGAUCAGGCGGGGCAUCGAGCACGUGUCUGGGGGUAUUCUCGAGCUACCAGCCCAGAAGCGCUGCUGCACCCAUGUUUAUACAAGAGGCGCUGGACAAGGUCAAAGCCCGCCUGGGCACGACGGCUGUAGCUCCCAGCCCGUUUGCACUGACGGAGAGCGAAUGGAACUCCACAAGGGCACAGCUGCUUCAGCUCAAGGAUCCUCCGGCUGA